UUUGAAGCUUUUUGAAGCACUAGAAAAGAACAGAACAGACCUUCGCUCCUCUCUUUUUGCCUCUGCGUUUGCUCGAAGCCCCGCCAUGGACGCUACUCUUUUCAGCUCGCAUCACUUUCAUCCCCGACUCUUUCCCAAAAUACCCACAAAAAUUCGAGGUGGACAUGCGGAACUUGGUCUCCAAUCUUGUCAUCCAUUGUUUGCUAAAACCCAUGUUGCCCUUAAGGCAAGUUCUUUGGAAUCCAGCAGAAGGUGUUUUCUGCUGCUAAGCAAGCCUUUCUUCUCCAAAGUAAACCAGAAAUUCUCCGUUAAUUUCUCAGAUCAGCUCCAUAGUGACUAUUUGAAUGUUGAGGCAACAUCCACACAGUCUCAAGAUGAUAAAGUUAUUCAAUGGAAGCCUGAUGAUGGAGUAGAUGCUGUCAGUUCGUUUGAUGCCAAUAACUUCAACACUGUACAGUCCAUACCCAAAAUGUUUAAAAAUAGGUUUUUGGAUUUUGUACGACUGAGUUCUGUCCUCAAUAAUGCUGCUGAGUCAUUUUUCAAGAGUGAGAUACGGCGUAGGUUAUUUGUGACAGCCAUACUAAUUGUAAUUAGCCGUGUUGGAUAUUUCAUUCCCUUACCUGGAUUUGAUAGAAGGCUGGUACCUCAAGAUUACCUUAGCUUUGCAUCAGGAUCUGUUGAUGAACUUGGCGAUUUCACAUCAGAGCUUAAGCUGUCCCUUUUCCAGCUUGGGAUCAGUCCUCAGAUUAUAGCAUCAAUUAUCAUGCAGGUACUAUGUCAUGUUGUUCCCUCCUUAGUAAAGCUGCGGAAAGAAGGCUUGGAUGGCCAUCAGAAGAUUAAGAGUUAUAUAUGGUGGAUGUCAUUUGGCUUUGCAAUAUUGGAGGCUGUGAUAGUUUCCUGUUACUCACUUCAAUAUUCAAUCUAUGCAGCUAGUCAUAGGGUCAAACAUGUGAUGGUAACAACUCUUUUAUUGGUCUGUGGUGCAAUGACUAUCUCAUGGAUCUGUGAUACCAUAACAGAAUCUGGAUUUGGUCAAGGUUCAUCUCUAAUUAUAUGUGUGGGAAUAUUGACGAGCUACACAGAAACAUUAUACAAUAUGCUGUCUCAGCUCUCAGGCAGUGCUGUCAGUUGGUGGCCCUAUGUACUUGCAGUGUUGGGUAUUUUCACUGUGGUCACUAUGUGGGCAGUUGUGGUAACCGAAGGUUGCAGGAAAAUUAAGCUGCAGUAUUAUGGUUUCAAACUUGCUUCUGCUGCAAGAGAUGACUCCCCAAUCACUGAAGUGGAGCCCUAUAUCCCUUUCAAUAUUAAUCCAUCAGGAAUGCAGCCUGUUCUUACGACCACUUAUCUCUUGGGAUUCCCCAGCAUUCUUGCAAGUCUCCUUGGAUCACAUUUCUGGGAGCAUGUGAAGGAAAUAUUGAACCCUGAAACUUCUGUUGGUGCAGAGCCUUGGGUUUACUAUUCAAUAUAUGCAUUUUUUGUUUUCCUAUUGAAUAUAUUUGACAUUGCCAACUUGCCAAAGGAAAUUUCUGAUUACUUAAAUAAGAUGGGUGCACGAAUACCAAACAUAAAACCUGGGAAGGCUACCAUAGACUACCUCACAAAGAUUCAGGCAUCGACACGUUUCUGGGGGGGCCUGUUGUUAAGUGCUUUGGCAACUACAUCAACCAUACUAGAUCAUUACUUGCGCCGUAUAAAUGCGGGAUUUGCAAUUGGUUUUACAUCUGUUUUGAUCAUUGUGGGUUCCAUUAUUGAGCUUAGAAGAUCGUACCAAGCAUAUAAUGUAAUGCCAACUUUAAGCAAAGCUCUAAGACGAUAUGGUGUAUAGCUUCCAAGGAGACCAUGCACUUCAUCUCGAGGUGUUACCCUGUUUACUUAUAAACUUCAAAGCAAAUCCUGCCAAGUUGAUGGUGCCAGAUGGUAUACAAAAAUUCCUUUCGUUGUUCCAGAGAUUCUCCAAAUGGUGAUAGUUGACCAAAUUAACUGCUGAUGAAAUAUGUCUAAAGAGAAGCUGGGAUCCUCCUAGCAUCACAAUCUUCAUAUGGUUUGAAGUUUAGAGAGAAGCUGAUGCUGCAACAAAGAGAGAUACUAUCUCUCACUUUAUCACUUCAAUGGGAUAGCAGGCUUUGAAGCCUCGUUUUUUUGGACAUGUUUUAUGCAUGUUUUAGACAAUUUUAGAUUCAGGAUGAGUUUAAUGGAUUGUAGAGAUAUACGGCCGUAGUUUUACCAAACCACUCGACAUCAUAUUCAAGAUUUCAUUGAGACAGUAGCUGUAAUAAUGAAGAAAUCAUAUGUAAAUUAUUGGAUGCCUUGUUGGUGGUCACCGUAUAUCAUGGUAUGUCCGAGAUGAAGUUACUGGAUUUAUUUUAUUUAUUUUUCCUUUUCUUUUC